CGACCCUUGUCAUCCGUCCAACGUUGCUUGGGGCCUCUUUCCCAACUUCCCAUUCGCCCAGGAUCCUGAACUGGCAGUCUGCGAAGUGCGUGCAACCUCAAUGUCCCCGGUUCUCUUCUUCUCACUGUCCCUUCCCACUUUCGUAUGCGCCCUCUUCUUCCCAUCCCAUCCCAUCCUCCCCCCCGUUCCGUCCGAACUGCAUCUCACUCGCUGAGCCUGACUGCUUCCUGCUGUCGCUGCACUCUCUUCCCUUCAGAGACAGACAGAGAGACUUCAUCGUCGUCCGCUCUCUCGCAGCUUCCCAAGAGUCACGGUGUGCAGAUUCAUCCGUUCUUUCCUCCCACAAACAGAACAUCAUCGACGUCCCCCCAAUCGUCUUCAUGACAAUUCACUAAGACGGUUUGUGACUGUCCAAUGACUGUGAGCUGGUAGUGAGAUCUUGCAAAAAAACAACGACCUCACCUCACCCACCUUCUCACUUUACUCUCCUUCCAUCGGGCCCAGAGCCACUUCACAUUCGUUCAAUUGCACGCACACGUACGCGCAACAACACUCGACUUUCAACCCACAACACCAAGGCAGCCAGUCUUUCUCUAAAUUCAAUCGUCCUCGACCACCGCGACUCCCUGGUCGGACCUGGACUUAUUCACUGCUUGCUGGUUCAUUCUUUCGACGAUCGCCUCACGAACAUCACAACCUUUUCCCUUCUGGAGCCGGAUCCCUUGAGCAUUCCCAUCACCAGCCUCUCCCGUGCACGCCAGAUAUCCUCCCUCCAUUUUUCAGAUACCCCGCCUCGACCCACGAAACUCACGAUACGAAUCAUUCAUUACGCGCUUCAAACGCCUCGCUUUAUCUUCAACCACCCCGACGACUUCUGGCUGGACUAGUUGGAUUUGAUCCAUUUCCAUUAACCCACGCCCGCAAUUGCCGCAAUGGCUCACCAUCACCACCUCCACGCCCGCAGGCAUAUCGCGCCUCGCAACCCCGAUUUCUGGAGCAAUGUUGGCGACAAAUUCAAGGAUCUGAAUCCCUUUGCCUCCAAUGACGAGGCCACGACAAGCAAUGGAGGUAAUCUCAAAAUCAGACAGGACGACGACGAUGAUGAUGCCACGACCACACGGCGCGCUAAUACGAAGAAAGGCCGCUCGACCGUUAUCAAGACCAUCUACCAGACCGUCACUGGUGAUGAUGCCGUCGCCGCCCCCACGAGCACCACCUCAACCAAGCUGAUUGUCGCUCAAUCACCCCUCCCCACGAGGUCGAAAUCGACGACAGUUGACUCCACCGAGACUACCAUUGCCAGGGCCGGCGCCCCAAUCAUUAAGACUGCCGACAGCUCAUCCACCACCAUCGAUGCCGCGUCUACCUCGUCGCUGCCCACCGUCAUCGAGGACCCCUUGACCGAGAGCAUCCAGACCACGCUCGCUAUUGCCACAGACGCGCCCACGUUCGCAAAGACCACCAAGACUGCCGCCACUGCAGACAAUGCUAGCAUCAUCUCCAGCGCUUCCCCUAGCGCGACGUCAACCACGGACAAGUCGACCAGCAACGAGACCAGCGGUGCCGCGAAGGCUGGCAUUGCUAUUGGUGUUUUGGCCGGUGUUCUCGUCGUCUUUUUGCUCGUCUUCUUCCUCUUCAACCGUCGCAAGAAGCAGAUGGAGCAGCAGCGUCUGGCCGACGAGGAUGAGAAGAGCCAUGGAUUCGGAGCCGCCGCCGCUGCCGCUGGUAGCCAGAACCCUCGCGCUCCUCGUAUCAGCCUCCGCCCCGUUACCCAGUUCUUGCCCAACUUGAACCUCGACAAGCGCGCCAGCAAGGGACCUGCCGGAGGACCUGCCGUCAACAUGAACGCCAACCUGGCCCCCGCUGCCGCUGCUCUGGGCCUUCGCAACCCUGGCCAAGGCGCCUGGGACAGACCGGCAACGAACCAGAGCUCGAACCCCGCGAACCCCUUUGGUGCUCAAGCCGAGAGAAUCAACGGUCCCAUCGCCGAGGAGUCCGUCAGCUCCAUGAGCCUCAACGAGAAGCCCCUUCCCAACGUCGGCGAGCCUGCUCCGGGCACUGCCGUGAGUGACAUCCCCGCCAACGCCGCUCCUAACGGUGCCGCUAUUGCCGCAGGUGCUGCGGCAGUUGGUGCUGGAGCUGUCGCCGCCGGAGGUCUGGCUCGCAAGGCGUCGACCCGCAAGGACGGUCCCAAGGCACUGGACCUGACUUUGCCCGCGCCUCCUGCACCCUUGUCUACCAUCCCUGCUUCUCCUUCUGGAACCACGUUCAGCGCCGACUCUGCCGGCCCUGGUCACCAAUCAAACGGGUCCACUGGCUCUGCUGCCAUCGCCGCCGCUGGAGGUCCCGCCAACACCACUGUUCACCGUGUGCAGCUUGACUUCAAGCCCACUCUUGAGGAUGAGAUGGAGCUGAGAGCUGGCCAGCUCGUGCGCCUCCUCCACGAGUACGAUGAUGGCUGGGCGCUCUGCAUUCGCUUGGAUAGAUCCCAGCAGGGUGUUGUACCGCGCACCUGCCUCUCCACUCGCCCGGUUAAGCCUAGACCUCCUCAAGCCCAGGGACCUAACCAAGGACCUCCUCGUGGUCCUCACAUGGGCCCUGGUGCUCCCCGCGGUCCCGGUCCGAACUUCCCUCCUGGCCAGCGCCCCAUGAACCCUCAGGGCGGCCCGCCCUACCCCCGCCCCGAGUCGCCAGCAGGUCGUCCCAUGAACGGUGGUGGCCGACCUCAGUCCCCCGCCGGCAAUGGACCUAUGGGCCCCGGAGGCCGACCUCAAUCCCCCGGUCCUCGCUACCAGGGUCCUCCGGGACAGCGACCGCAGAGCCCUAACGGAAUGGGAGGUCGCAAGCCAAGCCCCCCGGGACCUACCAGAAUCCCUCAGCCCAGCCGAAUGAACCCUAAUGGUCCUCCCAACGGUCCCAUGAACGGCCCCAUGAAUGGACCCCCAGCCCAAGGCCGCCCAGGCCCACCAGUGGGGCCUGUCGGUCGCAAGCCCGUCCCCGGACAGGCUGUGUAAAUGACAACCGAAGCAGCGUUCAUAUACACUGACUCCCUGCGUAUAUAACGUCUUUUGGCACAAAGACUGGGGAUUCAUCUUCGUUUGGCGAUAGACUAGGGUCUACUAUGCAUUCUGGACAGCACGGGCACGGCGUUUCUGCGAACUACCACAAAAAGAACUUGGGAGAGGUUUCCCCUUUUACUGGACUCUGACGAUGAAUCCGAUCAAGGGGCGAAACGAACCCCGACGACGCGUUUAUACCUUUCAAGUCACUCAUUCAUGACACCCGCUUUUGAUACACCCUUUUUGCAGCCUGGUAUCAGUCGUGGCUUGCAAUCUUCUUUUCUUUUUACGCUUCUUCACACUCGCUUGAACACCCACUGUUUCGCGAUUUCGAUUCACCUACCUUGGCCCCAUCUUGUGCCACGCGACUGCAGCGGCGGCCAUGGAGGAUGGGGCAGGGAUACGCCUAGUGCUUAAUGUAUAUUGCUCACUCUUGUUGUUUGUCGUUUCUUUGACACAUCUCGUUUCUUCUUGCAGCUCUGGCGGCUGUGUUUGGUCGUUUAGCAAAUAUGCCGAGCGACCUAUUUUGGCAGGAUGAGACGCGAGUGCUUCUUCUGUUGGUUCCUUUUGAGAUGCCUUGAAGCGGCAUGAUUGGGAACAGCAUGGUGGAUGGAGAGAUGGAGGUUUGGUAGUGGUUGAGACAGAUCGAGAGAGAGAAUCUAGGUCCUCCUGAAAGGAAAGGGACGCUAGAGCUGCUUCUUUGUGUCGAGCAAGCUAGGUAGAAAAUGAAAUGCCUAUACCAG